AUGGCCACCAGCACCAGCACCACCAUCCCGAUGCCGACGAGGACUGCAGGCACAGGCAGGAUCACCAGAGCUGCCGUCUUUUGCCGGAGGAUCAGCCACUGCACGGUGAAGGCCGUGGCUACGUCACCAAGGGCUAAUCAUUUCUGCUCGGAGGGAAGCAAGAAAGACUACUACAAGGUGUUGUCGCUGGAGCACUCGGCGGCCGUGGGCGCGGAGGAGAUCAAGCGCGCGUACUGGCGGCUGGCGCUGCGGUACCACCCCGACGUGUGCCCGCCGUCGCGCCGCGCCGAGUCCACGGAGCUCUUCCUCGAGCUGCGGCGCGCCUACGAGACGCUCUCCGACCCGGCGCAGAGGCUCCGGUACGACGCCGAGCUGAGGGCGAGCGGGGAGGACGACCCGGCCGGUGCUGCGUUCGCGAGGGACGUGUGGGAGGCGCAGCUGUGUGCACUGCGCGUGCGCUCCGAGCAGCGGCAAAGCGCGAGGAGCGGUGCCGUGCGCCCUGGCGGUCGCGGGGCACGCGCAUGA